AUGUCCGAUAAUUUAGAUAAUGAUAUUCGCGUUGUCGUCGGCAUAGAUUUCGGCACAACUUACUCGGGGUUCGCAUAUGCGCAUGUAACGAAUCCUGAAAUUAUAACUAACGAUGUUUGGCCGAAACAAAUAGGACAAAUGAAGACAAAUACUGUCCUGAAUUAUGAUAUUGAAUUUAUUGAUGUUGAAUGUUGGGGAUAUCCAGCAUUAGCUAAAAAACCAAAGCGAAAAGAAAAAAAUUCUUCGACCAAACCAGUUGAAUUAUUUAAAUUGCAUUUAGGUGAUAUGCCCGAAUCAGAUAAACCUUACCUUCCGCCUAAUUUAAGUUAUAAGAAAGCCAUUACCGAUUAUCUUAGAGAAAUGGUACUUUUGGUUCUUUCAGUACCCGCUGAAUUUUCUGAAAAAUCAAAGGGAAUAAUGAGAGAUUGCGUAUACAGGGCUGGUUUAACAGGCAGUUUAAAUUCUCCCAGGCUACAAUUCACUACUGAACAUGAUUUGGAGGAUGAUGAAUGGAUUAUUGAAAUUAAAUUUGAGAAUGUUAGAAAAAUGUUUGAUCCGAUUAUUAACAAAAUUAUUAGAUUAAUUAAUGGACAACUUGAUGCCGAUAAUGACUGUUCUGCAAUGUUUUUAGUUGGAGGAUUUAGUGAAUCGAAAUAUUUACAAAGAAGAAUUAAAAAAGAAUUUAAUAAUCGAGUUAGACAUAUUUCAGUACCUCGUCAACCAAUUGCUGCUAUUGUGCGUGGGGCAGUAAAAUAUGGAAUCAACAAAAGACAUAUUAAAAGUAGGGUAUUAAAAUAUAAUUACGGAAAGUUUGGUCUUAGGAAAUUUGAAAGCAAUGAUGAUAUUCAUAGAAAGAGACCAAGUGGUUAUGUUCAAUAUUUUGAAUUGUUGGCCAGAAAAGGAACAGUCGUUGAAGUUAACGAAAGAUUUUCUGAAACUUAUUGUCCGGAAUACAGUGAACAAAAUUCUAUGCUUUUCCAAAUAUUAUUAACAACAAAAGAUAAUAUAAAAUAUUGUGAUGAUAAAGAUGUAACAAAAUUAGGUGAAUUUGUUACUGAAUUACCAGAUAUUCAUCUUGGAAAAGAUAGACUUGUUUAUUUUGAAUUAUGUUUUGGCGAAAUGGAAAUUAAGGCGUACGCGAGGAAUAAAUAUAAUGAUCAAGAAUAUAAUACUACUUUUGAAUUAGAAUUUUAG